GAAUCAUACAGCGGGAAAGAAGUGCUGCCACAAGAACCAGCUGGCAAGAUUGCGAGAGUGGAUUCUUCAAAGGCAGAAGUUCUCAAGGGGCAGCUUUCCUCACCAUUGGUGCCUUCGUCAACUGCCGCCAUUUCAAAGCCAGACCGUGUGAUGACUGACAGCCUGGAGGCAACCAAAGGAGAAUCUCAACUGUGUCUCGAAGAUGUUCAGAUGGGCUCAGCCGAAGAUUCACAAGUAAAACAGGCGGAGCCUGUUGCUUCAAUGGAUGGUUGGAUCAGUGAGGCAGAUCAAUCAUGGCUGAACGACACCAAGACUCGUUUGACUCCUCUGAUAGAUUUCAGCGAGACUCCUAGUGACACCAAAGAUUGCAAGCCUUUCCUGACAGCCAAGCUGGCAGCUGCCAAAAAGCUACAGUCCGAUGUACGCAAUCGCAAGCGGACGUGCCAGCGUCGUCGGGGGGACACUGUGCAGCCAGUCUUGGAGGAGUUGGAAGAGUUGGAAGAGUUCACGAACACUGCUGUCAAGUUUGUCAAGCUGAUUGGUGCUGCCACUUUCAGCGGAGAUGAAGCAAUUGAGCUGCUUGAUUCACUUGUAGCGAAUGGGGCAACGGCCAAUGAUGUUCUGUGGGCUCGAGUGCUCAAGUACAAGCUCAACGAUGACCUGCGCUGGAUGCGAUGGUCUGAUAUUUGCUCCACGACCUUUCCAUUGAUUGCUCUGAAGCUCAAGAGUUCCCCUGAAGCAUUCUUUGGUGCACAAAUGGCAGUCAUGCUUCAGAAGCUGUUGAAAGGCCUGAAAGUGGACAAGGUAUCUGUGCAAGCGGAUGCAGAGGAAUUGAAGCCCAUCAGGGGCUUUGUCAAAGAGUUGAAGAUGAAGUGCAUGUCAGAUCCGCUUCGGUAUGAGUUUGAGCUGAUUGACACACUUCUGUCAGCAGAGGAAGCCUUUCCGGAUGAUGUCGCAAAUGCGGUUGCAAAGGCUCGCAGUAGCUGUGGUGCCAGCAAUUUCUUCUUGCUUCCUAGCUUGGAGGCUUUGGCUCAAGGCAAACGGUUGCUGGGACUGAGCGCAGCUGCUGCAGAGGCCCGUGCUGAACAGUUCGCAUAUCUCAAGGAGGUGCAUGAAAUCCGAUCUCAAGUGGCAGAUCUGAAGGAAGCCAAAUAUAGUGACGAUGCCAUUUCUUCCUUGAACAUGACUCACCAUUUGGCUCUGAAAUUGUAUGCCACCAUCCCCGAAAAAGCUCUGCUGGAGGAGUUCUCUUUAGGGUUCCUGUUUCAGUUUUAA